CAGAGCUGUCAGAGAACUGGUCUUUUGAGUUAGCAAACUCUGCUGGUAGGAAGCUGGGGAAGAAAGAGCUCACUAGCCGGACGGGAAUAUCAUCAAUCUCCUAGGUGGGAGCUUUGCCACUGGAUGUCUCAGACUCGACCUGAAUCAUCGUGAGAAUCGGUUCUCAGCACCUACUCUCGCUUGAGAAACUCAGGAUGAGACUCUGGGUCUCGGUAAUUCUAACAGCUCUCAUACCUUCCACUUCAGCUAGGCUUAGGCCAUUUUUGGGCCUGGAAAAUGAGGCUUUAAUUGUGAUAUGUCCCAGACAAGGAAACUCUUUAUACCCUGUGGACUGGUAUUACUCAAAAACCAACAAAAGCAUUUCUACCCAGAGAGGAAAUCGGAUACUUGCCUCAGGGAAGCAUCUCAAGUUCCUCCCAGCCAAAGUCAGCGACUCCGGAUUUUAUACCUGCAUUGUCAGAGGUCCUGCCUCCAAUAAGACUGGAUAUGUGAAUGUCACCAUUUUUGAAAAACAACCAGAUUGCAAUAUUCCAGAUUAUCUGAUAUAUUCAACGACAUCUGGAUCAGAAAAAAAAUCCCAAAUAUUUUGUCCUACAAUUGACCGCUACAACUGGACACAGCCUGUUGAGUGGUUUAAGAACUGUGAAGUUCUCCGAGGACCAAGGUACCUGGCACACAAGUCAUUUUUGCUGAUUGAUGAUGCAACCAAAAAGGAUACUGGUGAUUAUACAUGUAAAUUUAUGCACAACGAAUAUGGAGUCGAGUAUAUCGUAACAGCAACCAGAUCAUUCACAGUUACUGAGGAGCAGGGCUUCUCUUUGCCUCCUGAAAUUAAAGCGCCUCCACAAAAUGAAAUAAAGGAAGUGGAAAUUGGAAAACCAACAAACCUAACAUGCUUGGCUUGCUUUGGGAAAGGCCCUCAGGUCAUGGCUGAGGCCUUCUGGCGGGUGAACAGAAGUGAGGUUAAGAACUUUGGUGAAAGGAGAAUACAAGCGACGCAGAAGCUAACACAAAGCGGUGAGCUGACGUGCCGACACACUGUUUUAAAAAUAGAGGCUGUAACGGAAGAGGAUUUGACAUCGAAGUAUGACUGUCUGGCCAUGAAUUUCCAUGGCUUCAUCACGCACGCUGUAACACUAAGGAAGAAAAAUCCAAUGGAUCAACAAAGUACCUACUACAUGCUUGCAGGAUUUAGCCUAUUAUUAUUACUAAUCAAUGCCUUGGUGAUAAUUCUAAAAGUGUUCUGGAUUGAAAUUAUUCUGUUCUGGAGAGACAUAGCUAGACCUUCUAAAACUAGGAAUGAUGGGAAGAUCUAUGAUGCUUAUGUGAUCUAUCCACGAAGCUGCAAAAACAGUCCAGCGGGGGCCAGCUCUGUGGAGUACUUUGUUUACCAGAUUCUGCCCGACGUUCUUGAAAAUAAAUGCGGUUACAAUUUAUGCAUCUUUGGGAGAGACCUGCUUCCUGGACAAGAUGUAGCCAGCACAGUGGAGACCAGCAUCCGGAUGAGCAGGCGGCAUCUCUUCAUCCUCACUCCCGAGAUCGUGCACAGCAAGGAGUUCGCCUACGAGCGGGAGAUCGCCUUGCACAGCGCCCUCAUUCAGCAGGACUCCAAGGCCAUCCUCAUUGAAAUGGCGGCUCUGUGCCCGCCUGGCGGCCUGCAGUUUGAGGAGCUUCAGGACUCCCUUAAGCAUCUCAUCAAAGUGCAGGGGACCAUCAAGUGGAGGGAGGACCACGUGGCCAACAAGCUGUCCCUGAAUUCCAAGUUCUGGAAACACGUAAGGUACCACAUGCCACCGGUGCCAAGUCGACUCCCCAGGAGAACUCCAAGCUUGGCAUCCUUGAGUGCCCAGGGGUAGUAGUGCUUGCUUUGACGGGAAAUGCAUCCCGUGUUGUGGAUCCGAAUUUCUCCUAACUGGGUCAUGCUGCUGUACCAGACACUGAGCUCCGGAAUAGGACUAUAGCGGAGGGAUUUCAGACCUCAGGCUUCGUGCUCUAACUUUACUUCCACUUCCCUGAUUCCGGGUGCACGCAAAAUGCCCAGGGAUUUUCAGCCUCAAGCUCCCUGACUCCUAACCUCACAUUCCGUCGCCCUUGG